CAAAAAGUACCCGUGAAGCAGCCAGCACGUUUCCGAAACAUCGGAGCCACUUUUUCCUACUCUGUCAAAUCACAACAAAAUGUUUCUUCGCCAACGCAACGAAAGCCUUGCUUUGGUUGAAACCAACAAGAAAUGGGCCUCCACAGAAUCCAUGACUAGCAAGCGUAGCGGGCGCAACACAACAGGUUCCGUCUCGGACGCUGUUUUUGAUGAUCCCAGGGACAACGAUAUUUUGUGCGGAAAAGACAAAACAUUCGCCAAGCACACGGGCAACAGAAUUUUUCGUUCUUUGAUUGAGUCCAAUAUUACAAGAUACACAAAUUCCGCUUCGAAGCAGCAGAAGAUGAAGAUUACGAAAGACAUUGUCGCUACAAUGCAAGUCAAGAACGGAGCCCGCUUCUUGAAACAGCUCGACAACGGUGACUGGCAAGAGAUUACCAACGAAGCUGCUCGCGACAAGGUCAGCCACGCCCUUCGCUUCGCUUCGAAGUCAAAGGACGAGCGAAACAUGGCUAACUCAGUCCGUCGCAGCAAAAAACACCACCGUCGGAAUUCAAGCAACACUACGUUUUCGAGUGCAUGCACACAAGACUACGCCUCAUCGGAAGAGUCAUUAAGUGACGACUUGGAAAACUGUGCUGUUCUGAAGGCUACAGUGACGACACCGAAUGAGUCGAAGUCGGCUGUAGCUACGCUCUUUCAACGCCAGCAGCAGAUUCUAUCAGUCUUGCAAAUCGAAAGUAGCAUUUCUCCUCGUCAUCCAUCGUCUGCAUGCCUGCCUGACGCGGUAGUAAGCCGCGAAAACCCUGAGUUUAACACACUGCGCAGUGUCGAUUUUGACGAGCUUUUUGACGAGCCGCUCUUUGACGACGGCGAGUUCGACAGUAUUCAGGUGUCUCUAUGAUUUGGAUGAAGUUUCUCAUGAUAUAUUUGCGAACCGUUCGCUCCGUGUUAUUGUCAGUACCUUCUGCAUACAAGCAACCAGAUUGCUUUUUCCUAUUUGUGAUCAAUGUCAUUUUGAAAUAAGUUAUAGUUUUCUACAGUUUUCUUUUAA